AUGCCAAUCUAUCUUUUAGUGAAUUUAAGUCCUGACAAAAUUAAAAAAUUCACUUUGAAAAUCAUCUACGUGCUCUGUUAAAUGCUAACUGCAUUCUUGUACCCUAACUUCGCCAUAGUUCUAUCAAUAGUUGGUUGUGUUUGUUGUGUAUCACUCGGAUACAUAAUCCCAUACGGCAUGAUGUUUCACUAUGCACUAAAACCACUCUACCAGACUAUUAAUACAAUAGUUGUAUUAUUUGGAAUUGUAGGAGGUGUAUUUGGAAUAUACACCUGUUUCGAUUGA